AGACAGGACACCAUGGGAUGAAUGAUCAUCCUAAGAGAUGAAAAUCGCAAAAAAAAAUUGAGUCAGGACGUUACUCGACUCCCACAAGCACCAUUAUUUGUUUCGGUUUCUAUUACUAUUUUUCGUUAGUAGUACCCGCAUAAAUCAGUAUGAUACAAUAACGAUUUCCAUUAUCUUUUUCCCAGGACUCACGAAAGAUUAGCUUUAUAGUUUUGGAUUAUUAAUGUACGAUAAGCUAGUCUUUUUUUCAUGAAAUGGAAUCGUUUGGACGCACUUUACGAUACAGCGAACGGGUCGUUAAGUAGAGUAACCAUUCAUUUUUUUUUUGCUUUUUUCUUUUUUCAAAACGGACGUGACCCGAGUAAUACGUAAUCCUAUAGGGAAACCUGUAUAUAUGUUGCUAUCAAGUCUAUCCCGCAUCAUAAUCAAAACUUCUAGCCACCCUAAUCUGACUAGCAACUCUUUUAUUUCUUUGUUUUCCAUCAUCUUCGCACUUGAUAGUUGAUCUAAUGAUGAUACUUGUGCCGAUGAUUGUUUUGAUUCAGUUUGUCUACUGAUAACACGUAAUUUUCAUUUGCAUCACGUAUUCACGGUAAAAAUACUUUAAAUCUCCAUUAAAAUAGCUAAAACUGAUACUAUAAAUCGUUAUUACAAGUCUUCACUACCCGAUAGGUGAAUAUAGCUUACCAAUAAUUCUCCAGAUUUCUAACGUGAUCAACGCGACUGGACAAGAUGAUACAUCUUACCGGGCAGAACCUCACCCCUAAGGAAAUUGUCCAGAACAUCUUCUCUCCCAUCGUUGGAGCAAUAAUCUCCCCGCAGGCCGAGGAGCUAUGUCAGAAAAACAAUCUCUCCUUUGUGGAAAUGCUUCAGCCCUUUCUGAAGCUUUCUUCCGAUGCACAUUUUCGGGACACCGCUGGCACGAGUGUCUCGAUCAAGGGGCUACGAGUGGGGGUGUGUGAUGUUAAUUGGCGACCGCCGCAAACGAUCCUGGCCAAAAAGAUGCUGAACGAAUCGGUAAAUUCGGCGGUUGGUGAAAAAGUACGCGGUGUACAGCUAGAAGACGGAACCUUUGUCGAUAUUCCGACUGCAGAGCCCUGGUUCGAACAGUGGCGGGAGACCUUUCUCUCGGUUCAGUUUCCUUCGGACCACGAGUUUACGCGCCACUUGCUGUGUUCGCUGAUCGUGGUUUCCAGUAUUGAUGUGAAUCCUUUAGAGGUUGCUGGGCAGCUAACUAAGAAGCUACAAAUGAUGCAGAGCAUAACGCCGCCCAGAUUGCCCAAGUGGUUCGCCAAUGAUUCGUUGAAUUGCUAUGUUAUGCUACACGAUGGCUGCUCAGGAGAUAUUGGAAAAGCUCAACAAGCGUUCGAAGGACUGAAAUCUAACUACGGGGAUCACAAAUGCUUUCUAUUGCAAAUCAACUCGCACCAGGGACCACCCAUGGAAUGUCCCGAUCCUUGGCUUCGUUACUUGAAGAAACAUCAACGAUCGGAAGUGACAGCCGCCGAAUUGGAUAGCGCCCCAAAAACCCCUCAAGACAUGAGCUCAGUGACAUCAAUGCCCAACACCAUUCAGACGAUUUCGGUUACCCCGGGAGGUAGCAGUAGCACUUCGGAUUCAUUGUCCACGUCAGGCAUUGUGAUUUUGGAAUCUAUUGCACAUCCGCUGAGUCCUGUUCAGGACACCGGCAUUGAAAUACAGGAAACAGCUAGUUUGACGUCAAGCAUUGAUAGCUUGUCUCAACAGACGAUCAACCCUAAUGUUUGGACGGUCGAAAGCGAUGUAGACAUUGCCCACGGGACGUUUUUGACUGCUGGGGAUUUGGACAAUCUUAAGCACUUUGUUCAGGACUUUACAGUUCGAGCGUUAAUACCGUAUGUUGAGAAGUUGGUCGGAGUGCUGAAUGAUUCAAUUUCCAACAAAAAGGGCGUUAGUAGAUCUUUGCUCAGUGCAACUAAGCGAUGGUUUGUUACCAAUAAACCGGGUACGAACACCAAUCAAAAUGCAGUCGUUUACACAAAUGAGUCUACGGAACUACAAACGAGGAAACUGGGUGAUCUUUACUUUAUGUUUGGACACUAUUCUUUGGCUUUCCAGGCAUAUCAUCAAGCCAAGCGAGACUUCAACGCCGACUCCGCUUGGCAGUAUUACGCUGGAGCACUGGAGAUGGCAGCAUUGGCGGCAUUCAUGCAAGGAACACCCAAUCGCAAAACUUAUGACUACAUGGAAGAAGCAAUCGUCACCUAUUUGAACAUUUGCAAAAUGCCUCAAUUUGCGACACGUGCUACCCUACUUUCGAUGGAAUGCCUCAAGUCAGCAAAAAUGUUCAACGAAGCUGCCAAGCAACUUAUUCGAAUGACCAGCGAAGAUUCCGACCUUCGAUCGGCACUGCUUCUUGAACAAGCUGCCUACUGCUACCUCUUGGCAACGCCACCUCAGUACAGAAAAUAUGCAUUCCAUUCCGUUUUGGCCGGCCAUCGAUUCUCGAAAUCAGGUCAGCGGAAACAUUCGUUCCGAACGUACAAACAAGCCUAUCAAGUAUUCGAAAACCGUGGAUGGAAUUUAGCCGAGGACCACAUCCAAUACACCAUCGGAAGACAGGCAAUCAAUUUGAAGAAACUUGACGAAGCCAGCAACUGUCUGGCACAUCUUUUAAGACCUUCCAGUCUUCAAAGUUCCAACCAGCAAGCCUUCUUCCUCAAAGAUUUCCUUGCUACCCAAAAAGCCAUCCUGGCCAGAGGUGAAAUUUCCGAUAUCCUCACGAUCUCGCUUCCGAAGAUUCUCCAAAUCGCAACAAGAGUACUCGUUAUUUCUCCUCCCCCGGUAGCAAAUCCUCUUUACAUACCGGCCAGCAACAUAACCAUAUCGUCCACUCAAAUAGAAGAGAGUGUUUGGAACAAAAUGGAGGAAAUGCUUGUGCAAAGUGCUUCCAGAAAAUCGAUAAUGAUUUUCAAACCCACUCGAUCGCUCUACACCCACGAAUCACCGGCGUUGGAUAAUCCCAAAAGCGUUCACGGAGAAGCAGUAGAAAUAGCUUUCAAUUUAGAGAACGCCAUCAAACCUCCAAUCGCCUUUGAGAACAUUAACGUACUGUGGGAAUUCCGCAAGGAAUCCCAGGAAAUCUACUCCAACAAACCCUUGUUUAUGACUGAGAUCGAUGCCACCAAUCGCAAAGAAAUCGAGAACGUCGUUACAAGCACUUCUAUUCCCUCGGUUCAUUUUGGAGAGUACGAGGUCAAAACGAUGUCUCUAAAACUGAUUCCCAGAUGUACUGGGCAGCUUCGAAUCCUUGGCAUAGUAGGAAAAAUUUCCUCUUCCGCUACCGGCACAACUGAAGCCCCGAACUUGUGGGGUAAGCAACUUUUCGAAGCCCUCCCAAUCCGCACCAAUGCCAAGGACAACAAACAGCUCCAGUUCGAUAAGAAGCUGGAAAUCGAAGUGCUUCCCCCGGCUCCAGCUCUUCACGUGAGCUUUUCUCAAUGCCCAACCGAACUGCUGGCCGGUGAAGUGGUACCGAUUAAAAUCCACAUGACCAACGCCGGGGUCAGUGCACUCAAUGAUAUCUACAUUUGCAUCGACGCUCCCCGGUACGUACUUGUAAACCCCAAAGAGUCGGAAAUUCCUCUCUCGAUCCGAAGGGAUCUGAAGAACUUGGUUAACGAUAAUUUGAGCAAAGAGAAGGAAGCACGGAAGCAGUACGUCUUCAAGGCAUUUGCCGAAUCGGAAGGCGAUUGCAUCGAACCCAGUGAGACCAAAGUUAGCACCGUAUGGUUACAGGCACCGUAUCUGAAAGGACAGAAGCAGCUGAAAAUGCUCAUCUACUAUGGCAUGCCGGCAGACUACCCUAAGAUGAAACAUCGUUUGGUUCGGCACACCUGGAGUUUCAACGUCAACGAAUCGCUCCUGUUAGACGCGAACUGUAACAUCAGCAAUCCGGCUACCAAUGAGCUGGGGGUCGAUAUCAACCUAAAAAAUCUGAACCAAGUGCACCAUCCUCUGAUGACGGAAAUUACAAUUAACGAAAUCGUACUUUUCUGCGGAACCUACCAGCUGAACCCUCGGAAGAUCGUUUACAUAAAAAAUCCCGGUUAUCGGAAGCACCUAAUCGAAAAUGGUGGUCUCAAAACGAACGAAACGCUCAGCUUGAGAUGCAAUCUGCAAAAGCGUGCAGAAGAUGUCAAGUUCGGGACCGACUUUCGGGAAUACAUAAGCGACAAACUGUCCACGGUAUCGAUCCGUGCGCCGGGCGAGGCCAUGGUCAAGUGUCUACCGAGUGUUCAUUCGACCGGUAGCUUUCUGAUGAAAACCGAAACCAAAUACAUUCGGGUUUACGAGAGCACCAACAACGAGGAGUUCAAUCAGAUCAUCUCGCAACUGGACCGGCACAUGACGGUUUGUGUUAACUGGAGUGCCCAGAUCAACGAUAACGGAUCUACCCGCGUGGCUUAUGGGCAGCAUUUUGUGCAGUUGCGGAAAUUAUACGAUUCGGUGUUUUGUCCUCCAUCGGAACGACAUCAGCAGGUAAUCUUUACCCAAAACGAAGUUGUAUAUGGUAUUUUUGAAGAUUUGGAUGCGGUGAUCCCAAAGGCUAGCGAUGAGAUCGAUGACGGCUGGGGAGAAAAUAAUAGUUUCGUUGCACAACGCUGUUUUUUGGAGGAACAAAUGCAACCUGUUGAACUUACGGCGAAUGCAUAAAAAUUGACGAAAGUUUGAAAAACAGAUAAUUAUGUCCUCUGCAAUAGUGUGUAUUUAUUAUAAAUCUAUUCGUUUAUGUUAUAAAUUAUUUUAAUCGCCAA